AUCAUCAAUCGUCCCGUCGCGUUGCUGCUUAUCAUUGGAAGCUUAACGGCUUUCGUUAAUAGCUUCGAUAUCUUAUAAUCCUCGGCGCUUCUCUUUCCCCUCGCGGGGCGCGUUGCUGUGAGGUUUCCUUGGGAAAUUCUCUCUUCCAGCUCGCGACUCGGACGCGCUCGUGAUCAUCGACGGCCAUAGCCCAGACAUCACGGAGCUCUUGGUUUACUGCCAUACUUCGUCGUUCAGACCACACCAUACUGUUCCACGGCCUCUGAUUCACACGAGCAAUCCUGUGGAUCUGCCGUGCAACUGAGGCGCUUCAUCGACGCGAUUUUCCCUCUGUCAAAUCGCAUUACGCUGGAAGUGUAACCGUCACAUCGCAACUCACGCCCCACUAAUAACUAUGUCGUCCUCGAAUACGAACAACCACCACCCUCCCUCCUCCUCCGCGGACAUCUCCUCCCAAUCAAACUCCAACGUCCAGCUUGACCCGAACAGCGGCUACACUCCGAGCGACAACCAGCUUGCUGGUUUGGUGGAAGCAGCGACCGCAGCUGCUGGCCAAGAUGUCUCUCCUCAAUGGGCCGCGGCUGUCGCGACUGCUGCCGGAGUAGCAGGUCAUCACCAAUUAGACGGAUACAGUGCAGACAUGCACCUUGGCGACGAUGGGUUCGGCGAUACGAACUUCGGCACGGGGAUAGCAAAUAGACACCUGCGCGUACAGAAUGAUCACUCCCAGGGAUCUGGACUCUCUCGGACCGUGUCGAAGAAACGGAAAAGAAAUGAUGAUAACCUCGACCCGGCGCUGGCUGCAGCUGGUCUCUCUGGAGCACAACACCAGCUUUCCCAACAAUCUCAGCAAGGCCAGCAUGCCUAUGCCGGCGACAACAUCGAUAUUCGUCCCGUCCCGCCACAGUCGCUUUCCGAGGCGCGCGCAGUUGGAGUUCAUUCCGCUGCGGCGUUGUUCCGCCAACCAUCAAGCAACAAGAAAUACACACGUCCUCCGAUGUCGAAGCUCUUCUCUUCGCUUGAACUUUCACCCGAGAACUUCUUGCAUCUUCAAGCUGCGGCUAAAGGAUUUAUGCUGGAUGAUGAUUACCCCGAGCGGCGUGACUGCGUGGGGCAGCGCGGAAAAGGUGACACAGAAAUGGUGAAAUUGCGGCUUUGGAAUUGCGUUCGACAAUUUCUUGACGACGAGGGAAAUGGCGAGCGUUUCUUCGGAGAGAACGUCGUGAACGAGGGCAUGGGUCCCAGGACUUACAUUUGGCCCCGCGACCAGCAAAAGAUCAUUUCUCUGGUCAUCCCUCUUUUGCGGCGAAUGGUCACCAACGAACGGCAACGCCAAUAUGCGAUUGAAACACGGAAGGGAGGAGGCACAGAAGAGCGCCGCCGCCGCAAAACCAAUGAAAGCUUCCAGGACUUGAAUGGCCCUCGGUAUUCUCCAGAGCAGCAACUCCAGCAGAUGCACAGCCAAAGCCAGUCAAUGCCUCCGCCCCCUCCCCCGGCCCAAGGACAGGACUCCCAGGCGUCGAUGGAAUCUGGUCAGAUUAUGGAUGUUGGGUUGAUUGACCUACUCUUGGAGGGAUACACGGUGGACUGGAACGACAUGGCCAAGUCGUACGAUAUGUACAACCAGGAUUACGAACUGGAUAAUCUCUGGUCUCUUUCUGGGCUGCAGCAGCCCGACUGGCGUGGACUGGUUGCGGCUGUAGAUAGCCAUUAUCACGUUGUUCACAACGGCGAUUAUGAUUGCCCGACUGGCUGCGAGAAUGAGAACGUUAACCGUAUCGUUCAUGCCGACGCUACGGCAAAUUUACCAUGGCGGAUUGGAGGAACCCGCAAUCCGCCUGCGCGUGACGAAUUUGCUAGCAGUAUCACCCGCGACGUCUCGCGGAUCAUCCGGGAAAACAUUGCUGCCAGACACGGGGCUCAUCCGGGUCCUCAAGGACAAGCGGGGGCUGAUCAACAUUCCCAUCACCAGCAGCUUUUCGUCCCUAUGCAUGACUCAAAACCCCAGAUGUCUUCGAACAUAACCUCCUCCUCGGCUAGCCCUCACACUCAGAUAUACUUGCACAUCAAUGUGCUUCAACAUGGCAAGCGCGUCCUCCCUCGACUCGACCUCCAAGCAGGCCAAUGUCCCAACGUCGACACCAUCAAGGAAUCAGUUCUCCGUCGAUAUCACGGCCAGAUUCCCGGCCUUCCUGUUCUCCAAGGGUCAGAUAGUAUCGAUCAGCAAAUUCGAGAUUCCGCUGCUGCAUCCAGUUGGAAGGUCAAGGCGUUGGUGCCGGAUGGCCUCAUCACAAUUCAGAGUGAGAAGGACUGGGCGUUCGCACUCCUGUCUGCAGAUACUGUGGACUGGAUGGAUGGUGAUUUGAAGAUCCUGGUUGAACUUGAAGGUGGUAAUACCCAGUAGACCAAAGUCUACUACUUUUGUGUUUCGUCUUUCCGUUUCUGACGUUCUAUCUUGCUAUGGCAAGGAAUCUGUGUAUUACCAACGGCUUGUGUACUUUUAUUAUUGAUGUGAUAACCCCUGAGCGAGUGACUUGAAUUUGUUCAGUAUGAUGUUUGACGUUUGCAUCUUAUCCUUUCCACCGUCACGUAGUUGCCUUUCGUGUUGUUGACCCUCGAGUGAAGGAACUUCUCCGUGUUCUCUCCUCCAUCAUAUCCUUCCUCUACACCUUUCCGGUUUACCCUUUUUACAACAAACAAUAUCCAUUUCCUAUCUACAUCUCCAUAAAUCUCUCAAACUCACUCUGACGCAAUGGACCGUCAUGCUCCAC